AUGUACGGUUCAGCGAAGCAUGUCACUCAACUACCGAAACAGGACAGUUUCCCGAAAGUGACCAAAGUUGUUCCAUUGACCGAGGAACAAAGAGAAGCGAUCAAACAAAGUCACAAGAAAUUGGCUGAAAGUGCAGCCAAGUAUGGCAAUGAAUUGUUCAUUCGCCUCUUUUCUGACUUCCCUGACUACAAGGAUAUUUGGCCGAGAUUUCGCGCCCUACCGGAUAGCUCUUUAGUUGGAUCGGAUCAAAUGAGAAGCCAUGCAAGUGUGUAUAUGAAGGGAAUUGAGACGAUUGUUUCGAAAAUCGAUGAUGACGUUGCUUUACAAGAAGUUUUACGGAAAAUCGCAAGCAGUCACGUUCGCUUUAACAUCACAAAGGCACAUGUUGAGCACAUGGUCCCCUGUCUUCUCGAGGUGCUCAGAUUGUCCAAUGGCAGCAUCAGUGAUGAGACUCGAGCAGCUUGGACGCGACUCUAUGACAAUUUUGGCGAAAUCCUCGCACAACUCAGCAAAGAAAGAGGGAUUAAACGC